AACAUUCUCGAAACCAGCAAUUGGGCAAACUAAUCAAAAACUGUAAUGGGCAAACUCUGUUAAUCAAAUAGUUUACUGGUUCUAAUGGCACUGAUUUCUUGAAGGAUACUGGUUAUAUAUAGGCAGCUCUCUUUCCUUAUAAGGCCUCAGGGAGAGGCAGGUGGGGGUCGGCUGGAGACGGUGGUGGUUUCGUUGGCCUGGUGCUUGGUUUAGGCUGACUCCCUGUGGAUUCAGGCUGAGAACCGAAGUCGCUGCAAAGGAAAUCUCAAGGGGUCAGUAUCUACAGUGUCACCAUGUCAGUGUGGAUGAAACGUGGGAAUUACAACCAUGAAUACCACCACAAACAGAGCAAAUAUGUGGUUAAAGAAUACAGCAGUUCUGAGGCGAUGGAGGAAAGAUAUGAGCACAAAACACAAUCUCGCAUCCAGGAAGUGGUAAGGACAAAGAUGGGGGACAAAUAUGUGCGCGAGGAGCCUAUGAUCAGGGGACCGCAGUUCCUUGUCAGACUCAGAUCUCACACCGUGUUUGAAAAGACUCCAAUCAAACUCUUCUGUACUGUUGGGGGCUUCCCCAUGCCGGAUGUAAAAUGGUAUAAAGAUGGUGUAAUCCUGUCCAUCUCCUCUGGACAGUACCUGGUUGAAGCUAAAGGUGGAAUACAUUCUCUGGAGAUCCCAAGAUGCUCAACUGAUGAUACUGCCCAGUACACUGCUGUAGCUUGUAACAUCCAUGGACAGGCCUCUAGUCAGGCCUCCGUCAUUGUCAAGAGGUUCAGGGAGGAGGAGGAGUCCUGUUCAUAUGCGUGGUUGCCUUAUACAGCUGCUAUGCUACCCAAGAUCCAGUACACUAAAAUCAACAUUACUUUUCUGGAGAAGUUUGGGCCAGUGUUUGCCACUGAGGGAGAAUCUGCCAGUCUGACUGCUACCAUGACCCUCAACCCCAACCUGGCCAACCUGCAGCCUGAGGCACAGUGGUAUAGAGAUGACACCCGUCUGUUUGACUCUAAAUGGGUGAAGAUUGACACUGGCAGAGGAGUCACCACAUUGACUCUUCCGAACCUCUUCAAAGAUGAUGAAGGCCUUUACACACUACGCAUGGUCACUAAAGGAGGCACCGCAGAACAUAGUGCAUUUGUCUCCGUCUCAGAUGGUCCUCCCCCAGUCCCUGGUGCACCUGGUGCUCCUAUGGACAUUAAGAUCCACGAUGCCAAUAGAGACUAUGUCAUUGUGUCAUGGAAGCCCCCAAAUACCACCACAGAGGGACCAAUCCUGGGAUACUUCGUGGACAAAUGUGAGGUUGGAACUGAAAACUGGACUCAAUGCAAUGAUCACCCCAUUAAGAUUUGUAAAUACCCAGUGUCUGGGCUGUUUGAAGGACACUCCUACUACUUCAGAAUCAGAGCAGUCAACUCACACGGAAUCAGCAAAGCAUCCCGCAUGUCUGAUCCUAUCGCUGCACUGGACCCCACUGAGUUUGAGAGGCUCCAUGCCAAAAAACUUGGAGGAAAACUAGAUGUUGUGUCUUACCAUGAUGAUUGAAGGUCUGAGGGAAAGCCCCCAGGUGCUCCAUCGGAAUUUAUGCCUCAGAAAGACAGGACAUAUUUUGUCCUGAGCUGGAAAGCUCCUGCGUACAGCAAGGCUCCCAUGUGGUACUACAUAGAAAAGUGCAUGGCAGACAGUGGUGCGUGGCAGCGUGUUAACACUCAGAUUCCUAUUCGCUCUCCCCGUUAUGCUGUCUUUGACUUGGCAGAGGGAAAACAAUAUAAGUUCAGAGUUCUGUCUGCCAAUAUGUAUGGAGCCAGUGAGCCAUCAGAGCCAACUGGACCCAUCGAGACUCAGGAACUCAAAGGUGUGCCAUCUGCUCCCGGUCAGGUGAUUUCUACCAGGGAAACAAACACCUCUGUCCUCAUCCAGUGGGCUCCUCCAAAGGAACCCAACAAUCUAAUUGGCUACUACAUCGACCAGUGUGUUAAGGGGUCUAAGGACUGGACCUCGGCCAAUCAUAAACCUCACAAGAACACUAAGUUUGUGGUUAGUGGUCUGACCACUGGAGAAACCUAUGUGUUCCGUGUCCAGGCUAUCAAUGAGCUGGGCCUUAGUGAUGAAUCCCAGGAGUCUGCACCUCUGACUGUUAAGGCUGCUCUAACCCCCCCCUCCGCUCCGUACGACAUUGCAAUGCUGAACUGUGACGGCCACUCAAUGGUUCUGAACUGGAAAAAGCCUCGUCACUCUGGAGGAGCAAACAUCAAGGAGUAUUAUGUGGACAAAAGACGCAGCGGAACAACCAUGUGGAGGGAGGUUCACAUCCCACCAGUCACAGAAAGACUUUAUAAGGUGGAGGGCUUGACAGAGGGAGCAGUCUAUCAGUUCCAGGUGUAUGCAGCCAACCUGGCUGGCCUCGGUGGAGCUUCUAAAUGUUCAGUUGACUUCAGAUGUGAGGCCUGGACUAUGCCAGAGCCUGGCCCUGCCUAUGACCUGACUUUCAGUGAAGUGAGAGAUAAUUCAUUGGUCGUUGAGUGGAAAAAGCCUGUCUAUGCUGGUUCUGGACCAAUUACAGGUUAUCAUGUUGAGUAUGCCAAGAAGGGCACUUCUGACUGGACCACAGCCAAUGAGACCGCUGUCAGUCACCGCUUCCUCAAGGUAACAAGUCUGGAGGCGGACACUAGCUAUGAGUUCCGAGUGCGUGCUGUCAACGCUACAGGAGUGGGUGUAGCCUCAAUGGCCUCUGAUCCCGUGACUGCUAAGGCUGUAGAAGGAUCCCAAGAGGUAUCCUGUGUUGUGGAUGAGAAGUCAGGCGACAUUGUUCUGUCAUUCGAGUCCUGCCAAUUAAACGAGGGCUCUCAAUUCAUCUGGAAGAAAGAUUAUAAAGAAAUUACAGAUUUCUCCAGAGGAGUGAUUAAGACCGAAGGCAGCCAUUCAAAGCUGAUCUUUAAGAAUGCAGAGAAAGAAGACUUUGGGACGUACUCUGUUUCUGUCACCAACACAGAGGGAGUGUCAUCCAGCUAUACAAUAUCUGCUGAAGAGUUGGCAAAGUUGCUGGCACUCAGCUAUGAUAUCAGACACCCAAUCAUCCCGCUGAAGUCAGAAUUGGCCUAUAAGAUUUUAGAGAGAGGCAGAAUGAGGUUCUGGCUGCAAGCUGAAGAGAUUUCUUCCAAUGUCACCUACAAAUUCUUUGCCAACAACAAGGAACUGUCUGGAGCAGAUCCCAACAAGAUGGGUCAUGAUGUCUCUUCAGGUGUUAUUGAGUUUAUCAUGGACCAUUUCACUGAGGAAAAUGAGGGGACAUUUACCUGCCAGAUCACAGAUGGAGGAGGCAAAGCACAGAGCUCACUGGUUCUGAUUGGAGAUGCUUUCAAAGCAGCACUAGCGGAGGCUGACUACCAGAGGAGGGAAUACAUCAGAGUCAAGGAGGGUCCCCACUUCAGUGAGUUCCUGUCACUUCAGGUUGGCGACGACUGCUCUGUCAGUUUGGUCUGUAAGGUUGCUAACUUGAAGAAGGAAUCAGCGUUCCACUGGUAUAAAGAAGACACAGAGAUCAUCCCUGAUGUAAAGCCUGACCUGGGAUCAGGAGUCUGUAAACUGCCCAUUAAACUGUUUUCUCUGAAGACCGCGGGAGUUUAUAAGGCCACCAUCAGUGAUGACAGAGGAAAAGAUAUGAGCCAAAUUGACAUCUCGGGAAAAGUCUUUGACGAUGCCAUAAACAAGAUCAGCCAACUGGCUGGAGCCAGUGCAUCAGAGCUGGUGAUUAAGUGCACAGCAACAGGCAUUCAGCUGCAGUGUCACAUGAAGUAUUACACCUCAGAGAUGAACAUCACUUGGUGCCAUGGUGAGACUAAACUCUCCCACAGUGACAAGAUGAUUAUUGGAGGAACCCCUGCUAUGGCAACCAUGGAGGUGAUUGAGCCGAUGGAGAAGGAUAAAGGAAUGUACUCCAUCGUGAUCACUGACCGUGAAAACUCACAUAAACGUACACUGGACCUCAGUGGUGAAGUAUAUGAGAAGGCCUUUGCUGAGUUCCAGAAACUCAAGGCUGAGGCCUAUGCUGAGAAGAACCGUGGUAAGGUGGUGGGAGGACUGCCUGAUGUGGUCACUAUUAUGGAAAAGAAGACCCUGAGUUUAACAUGUACAGUGUGUGGGGACCCCAAGCCUCAGGUGUCAUGGUUGAAGAAUGGAGCAGAUGUGGAACCUGAUGAUCAGUACGUGGUCUCCCUGGACCAGGGCAAGUUUGCCAGUCUGACGAUCAAGGGUGUUUCCAUGGAGGAUUCCGGCAGAUAUACCAUGAUUGUCCAGAACAAAUACGGAGGGGAGUCUGUGGAUAUAGUGGUCAGUGUGUACCGUCAUGGAGAGAAAAUCCCUGAGGCAAAACCAACUCUGACCCCUAAAGUAAUGAUCCCUCCUAAACUCCCCAUUGAGAUCCCUCAGCCGAAGACCCAGCCUUCUCCUAGCUCCGCCCCCUCCACUCAGAGUCCCUCCACUCCUAGCCCCGCCCCUCCCAAGGCCGGAAGAGGAGUGAAGAGUCCCACUCCUACCAGGAGGAAGUAGAAAGCAUGACAAUCAUAAAUGAGGAAGAAACAUAUUCACAUGUAAACCAGACAAGCUUUCAUUGGUAUUCUCUAUCUGGACAAAUAUUAAAAGCCUCAAAUGAAAUGGAACUAACACAGUGGAUGUUAAGAUUCAAGAAAACCCUGCUAAAGUAAAAAUUGUUAUAGUAAGCAAAAAAUGAAGGAAAAAUACAUGCUAGUGUGAUAUCUCUCUGAAAUAUAUCUCUCCUUAAAUGAAUAAAAUAUAAAACUAGUUCAUAUCUGAACAAGACUUAAUUAGAAAUGACUAAUGUAAUUAAAAUGAAACUUGAAUAAAGCUGAAAUUUCAUUAUAACUAGUGCUGGAAAAGGAUUGAAAUUUGUUUUUAAACUGAUACUGGAAUGUAAGUAAAGCAGAAAAAUCAAACAAGUAGUUUUCAGCAACAGCUCUGUGUACAAGCGAAACAAAAACAUAAAAUUUAAUGAUCUGGCUUAAAUAGAGGAGAAAUCAAUACAUAUACUAUAAUUAAACAGACUGUUAUAGAGUAUAUUGUUGGUCACCACCAUGGAGACAUCUGGUCAGAUUGCUUCAGCCCCCUCAGAGCGUGUUUUACUCCGGGUCAAACAGGUUCUAACAACAUAAAACAUAACAACUUGAUACUUUAGGAACAAUGGCUUUGAUAUGACCUCAUCAGCAUGCUGCUGAAAAGACAUUUUUCAUUGAUGCCUGCAUUUUUCAUGGUGUGUAACAUAUUGUGCUUCAUGAGGCCGUUGGCAGAAUGUCUUAAUUCCCCCUCACACUCCCCACCACCCUUUGAAGACAGGGCAAAGCCAAGUUGUGGCCCUGUGGAGAGAGGUAUGCCCACUCUUCCCACUGGGGGGGGGCACAUGAUCAAUGGCUUGUCUCGGCCUCACGGUCAUUGUUUUAUACAUGAAAGAUUUCAUUUAGAUGUUUUGGAAAUUCUCCUCCCUACAUUGCUUUCUGCAGGAUGUUAAUGCACAAAACAAGCGUAGUAUCACAGCUCCAAGUCACUGUCUAAUGAGAUGAAUGCUGGAAUGCUAUUUAGUUUUUACUCCAGAAAUAUUGCUAACUUUCACAAAGAACGUGUUAACACAGGUACAGAGAGAAAUAGCUUGGGCUGUAGAAAGCCAUUAAUAUGCUCCCACCUCUGUCAACUGAUGGCUGCAAAACACCGUCCUCCUUUACAUCACCAUGGUGAGAUAUUGAUCAGCUGACAGUGAAUCACCACUUAGUAAUCUAGAGCCAUGAAGCAAUACUGUGACACUAACACUGCCACCACUGAAAACUGUCAUAACCGAUUUCUGCCUAAUACCGACUCUGACUGUUUUUUAUUUCAAGUAUACAUUUAUUCUACCUUACACCUUAAUAUCCAUUAUGUACAACCCUCCUGGUCAUCAGCCAACAGCAAUGCUAUAAGAUGUCAGUCCGGUUAAAAAAAGUGCAGGAAGUAGUGAUGGAAGAGCUGAUG